AUGGCUAGUGAAAUUUCCACUGCCAAUCGUGUGUCGGAGGGGGACCUUCAGGUGCUUCAGAAUUUAGGCAUUUCGGUUGUGAAUCAGAGGCCUAUGAAGGUUCAGGUUGUUCGUUGGUUGAGGCCUCCUUCGGGCAGAUUGAAAUUGAACCUGGAUGGUAGUUGUCGUGGAAACCCGAGCAUAGGUGGAGGUGGGGGGAUUCUUUGGAAUCAUGAAGGGAGCUUAGUUUUUGCUUUUUCUAGUUUUUUUUAUUCUUGCACUAAUAAUAAAGCUGAGCUUAGAGCAGUUGUAGAGAGAAUAGAAAUUUGUUGCCAGAGGGGGCAUUUUUUCAUUGAUUUAGAAUGUGACUCUUUGGUUGUGGUUUCUUGGUUGGUGGGUAGAUAUUGUACAGUAUGGUACCUCUGGGAUUUUAGGGACCAGUUGAUGAGUCCCUUGGAGGGUUUUGAGAUUACCAUUAUGCAUUUAAGUAAAGAAGGGAAUAAAGUGGCCGAUGAGUUGGCCAGAUGUGGUGCAUUGGGGGAAGAGUUUCUUGUUUCGGAGGUUGCUCAGCUUACACGUUCUUUGCAAGGUUUAUAA